AUGGAGGAUCGGCCGCCUUACCGCUGCCGCCACCACCGGAGCCUGGCGAGCGGGCAGUCGGCGCUGCCGGGCUCGCUGCUCUUCGCCGCCGGGCUGGUGGGCAACGUGCUGCAGCUGGGCCUCCUGUGGCACCACCAGCUGCGCGCCCGGCUGGAGCGCGGGGGCCGCCCGGCGCGGGCGUCGCCCUUCUACCUGCUGGUGAGCGCCCUGGCCGCCACCGACCUGCUGGGCAAGUGCCUGCUCAGCCCCAUCGUCCUGGCCGCCUACGCGCGCAACCGCAGCCUCAGCCAGCUCUGGCCGUCCGGGGAAGAGGGGGACGCCGCCGUCGGAGGAGACGGAGACGCGCCGCCGGGCCGGCUGUGCCAGCUCUUCGCCUUCCUGAUGGCCUUCUUCGGCCUGGCGCCCACCGCCCUGCUCCUGGCCAUGGCGCUGGAGUGCUGGCUCUCGCUGGGCCGGCCCUACUUCUACGAGCGCCACGCCAGCCGCCGCCGGGGGGCCCUCCUGACCGGCGCGGCCGUGGCCCUGUGCGCCCUCCCGCCGCGCACCGGCGCGCAGGGGGCGGCGCGGCCGCCGAGGCUCUCGGCCGCCGCCCGCGUGGAGGAGCUGCGCCACCUGGUCCUCCUGGCGCUCAUGACCGUCCUCUUCGUCGUCUGCUCCCUGCCGGUGAUCAUCCGUGCUUACAUCGGAGCUUUCGCCCCGGAUGACGACGAGAACGCCGACCUCACCGCCCUCCGUUUUUUUUCCGUGAACUCCAUCGUUGACCCCUGGGUCUUCAUCAUCUUCCGGACGUCGGUGUUUCGCACAUGCCUCCACCGGGUCUCGAGGAGGCUGAGUUCAAAGAGAGCCUCGCACUCUCAACUCCUCGAAACGUCGACCCGGAAGGAUUCCGGGCAGCCGCAGUGAGAGCACGGCUUUCUUCCAUUUCCUGGAGACGGAGCUAAUGUGG